AUGAGCAUCUACGACUCGUCCCCUUGGAUGAGGACGGCUCUACUUGGAGUAUUGUUAGUAUCAUGCACUUACUCGCAAGUACUCACGCCUUCGCAAAUCACAAUUUCCCACCGAAAGCCCAUUACUGCCACGUCAACAUGCGGAGAGAUCCAAGGACAAUCCGUGAAUGAAAUUUAUUGUUCUCUGACAGGUAUUUGAGAGGAGUCAUUUGUCUGUUAAGUGAAUGCUCGUUCAGGAUCUUCCCAAUACACACCACUGAACUCUUAUUCGUACCAAGAAGAUGAACAGCAGAAAGCCUGGUCCCAGGACAACGCGAUCGUUCGCGGAGGCCACGGAUGUGGUUACUGUAACUCUGGAAACGAGAAUGCGCAUCCUGCGUCGAACAUGGUCGACGGAAACAACAGUUGGUGGAUGUCGCCGCCUCUCUCGCGCGGUCUCACACACAAUCAGGUCAACAUCACGAUCGACUUGGAGCAGGAAUUCCAUGUGGCGUACGUGUGGAUCCAGAUGGCAAACAGUCCCCGUCCGGGAAGCUGGGUGCUCGAAAGAUCGACAGAUCACGGAAAGACCUACAAGCCAUGGUUCAACUUCGCCGAGAAUGCAGCUGAAUGCAUGCGAAAGUUCGGAGAAGAGUCUCUUUCUCCGAUUUCCGAAGAUGAUUCCGUCACUUGCCGUACCGACAUGUCCAAUCUUCAGCCUCUUGAGAAUGCCGAAAUGGUCAUCAAAAUCCUUGAACAUCGUCCGAGCUCACUUCAAUUCGCAACGUCCGAAGCGCUGCAAAACUUCACGAGAGCCACGAAUAUCCGUCUCCGUCUCUUGGGAACCAGAACUCUUCAGGGACAUCUGAUGGACAUGAACGAGUGGAAAGACCCGACUGUCACCAGAAGAGUUAGUUUGUCCUCCAUUAAAAGUGUUUUUAUAAUUUGUUCUUUCAGUACUUCUACGCCAUCAAGGAAAUCAUGAUUGGAGGAAGAUGUGUGUGCAACGGGCACGCUGUAACUUGCGACAUCUUGGAGCCACAAAGACCCAAGUCUUUGCUCUGUCGGUGCGAGCACAACACUUGCGGAGACAUGUGCGAGAGAUGCUGCCCCGGAUUCGUUCAGAAGCAAUGGCAACCUGCCACUGCCCACAAAAAUUUCACUUGCGAAGGUACGAAACAUCCGACUAAUAUAUUGAGAAAUUGAUAAUUUUCAGCGUGUAACUGCUUCGGACGAUCGAACGAGUGCUACUACGACGAGGAAGUCGACGUCAAGAAGCUUUCGAUGGACUCUCGGGGCAACUACGAAGGAGGAGGUGUCUGUGUGAACUGCCGAGACAACACGGAAGGAGUCAACUGCAACAAGUGUUCCUACGGAUAUUUCCGCCCGGAGGGAGUUAGCUGGGAAGAGCAACAGCCCUGCAAAGCAUGCGACUGCAACCCGGACAAGCACACCGGAGCAUGCGCCGAGGGAACCGGAACGUGCGAGUGCCAAGCUCGUUUCGUGGGAGCGAACUGUGAUCAGUGCGCAUCUGGAUACUACGAUCCCCCAGAGUGCAAACCGUGCGAGUGCCACGUCAACGGAACCAUCGGAAAUGUGUGUCUCCCGGAAGGAGGACAAUGCCCAUGCAAACCAGGAUUCGGAGGAACCUUCUGCGAGACUUGCGAUGCAGGAUUCACAAAUGUCACCGCCGGAUGUGUUGAAUGUGUUUGUGACCCGACCGGAUCGGAGCAUUCCAACUGUUCGGCCGCCACUGGACAGUGUGAAUGCAAACCCGCCUACGCUGGUCUCUCCUGUGAUAAAUGCCAAGUUGGAUACUUUGGGGAGAGCUGCACAUGUAAGUUUAGAAGGAUCUGUCAAAUAGGUGAAUGGAAAUACACAUUUCAGUCUGUAACUGCGACCCAAUGGGAACCGAAGGAGGUGUCUGUGAUCAGACAACUGGCCAGUGUCUCUGCAAAGAAGGAUUCGCCGGUGACAAGUGUGACCGCUGCGAUAUUGCUUACUACGGAUACCCGAACUGCAAGCAAUGCUCCUGCGAUGGAGCUGGAACCACUUCUCCAGAAUGUGAGCCAACAUCUGGUCAGUGCCCUUGCGGCGGAAACUUCACAGGAAGAACUUGCGACAAGUGCGCUGCUGGCUUCUACAACUACCCGGACUGUCGCGCCUGUGAGUGCUUGCUCGCCGGAGCCAAGGGACAGACUUGCGACAGCCUCGGACAGUGCUACUGCAAAGGAAACUUCGAGGGAGAACGAUGCGAUCGUUGUAAGCCGAACUUCUACAACUUUCCAGUCUGCGAAGAGUGCAACUGCAAUCCAUCCGGAGUCACCAGAGACUUCCAAGGAUGCGAUAAAGUGUCGCCGGGAGAGCUCUGUUCCUGCAGGAAGCACGUUAGCGGAAGAAUUUGUGAUCAGUGCAAACCGACUUUCUGGGAUCUCCAAUAUCAUCACGAAGACGGAUGCAGAAACUGCGAAUGUAACACGAACGGAACAAUUUCGGGGCUGAACACUUGUGACCUGAAAACCGGACAAUGUAUUUGCAAGAAGAACGCGGACGGAAGACGAUGUGACCAGUGCUCCGAAGGAUUUUACAAACUCAACAGUUACAAUCAACUUGGUUGCGAACCGUGCCACUGUGACAUCGGAGGAGCUCUGCGAGCCGAAUGUGACAUCCAGUCCGGACAGUGCAAGUGUCGUCCGAGAGUCACUGGACUCAGAUGUGAUCGCCCCAUUGAGAACCACUACUUCCCGACUCUGUGGCACAACCAGUACGAGGCAGAAGAUGCGCAUACCGAGGACCAAAGGCCAGUCCGUUUCGCAAUGGAUCCUGCACAGUUCUCGAAUUUCUCGUGGCGCGGAUAUGCGGUCUUUUCCCCGAUUCAGGAGAAGAUCUUUAUUGAUGUUGACAUCGCGAAGGCUUCGGUUUACCGUCUUCUCUUCCGUUACCGUAAUCCGACAAGCGUUCCCAUCACUGCCACUGUUUCGGUUGCUCCUCGAUUCACCCACACGCACGACGUGGAGCAGUCCGCUAAGGCCACCUUCCCAGUUGGACCUGAUCCAGCGAUGAAAGAGAUUACCGUCGACGGAAAACCGUUCGUGCUCAAUCCAGGAAAGUGGUCCCUGGCCAUCGCAACAAAACAACGUCUCUUCCUGGAUUACGUCGUUAUCAUUCCGGCCGAAUACUACGAAGGACAAGCCCUCCGCCAGCGUGCCCCUCAGCCUUGUCUAUCCCACAGCACCAAGAACACCACCUGUGUCGACCUGAUCUAUCCGCCACUUCCUUCGACCGGAAGACUUUUUGUGGACAUGGACAAGGUUCCGUUCAACUACGUGAACGAGGACGGCUCGACCACUCCCCUUGAACAUGUCCCAGUUGAGAUCCUGCCUUCAGAGAUCACCGGACCGGCUGCGUUUGUCCGUGCUGACAACAACAGUCGUGUCGUGGAAGCGAAGGUUGACGUUCCAGAGUCUGGAGAGUAUGUCGUCGUUCUGGAAUAUCACAAUCGAGAGGAGACGGACGGAAACGUCGGUGUCGGAGUGAGCCAGAACGGCAAGGAGGUCCUCAACGGAAAGAUCGUUAUCCAUCACUGUCCUUACGCGUAAGUUCUUUUUUUGCAAUCCGUUCUUCAUCACAUAUUUUCAGCACAUUCUGUCGUGAACUGGUUUCCUCGGCUGGAACUAUUCCGAACAUUCCUCUUGAGAAGGGAGAGACUGUGAUCCGUCUCAAUGUCCUGCCCAAUCACGAGUUUGGUCUUGCUGCUGUUCAUCUCAUCAAGAAGGCUGACUUCAGUUCUGAAUAUCUUCAACAGGUAAUUGUUUGAAAAAAAAGGACCUUCUCUCAAUCAUGUUCAGGUGCCCGUCUGCAUUCGGAAGGACGGAAGAUGUGUUCCCCAGAGCUACCCGCCAGCAGCCGAUUCGGUUGUGACCGAGGCUGAAAGCGGUUCGAACAUGGAGAAGUCGAUUCUCGGAGACAAACUGCCAUUCCCGGUCUCCAACUCUAAGGAAAUGCGCGUCGUUCCUCUCGAUGAUGCCCAGGCACACUCUUUUUUCCUAUUUGUUUCUAACCUGCUCACAUUCAGGCGACGAUCGAGAUCUCUGGCGUCGUGCCGACCCGUGGCCACUACAUGUUCCUCGUUCACUACUUCAAUCCGGACAACACGCCGAUCAACGUCGACGUUCUUUUGCAGAACGAACACUACUUCCAGGGUGACUCGUGCAACUCCUACGCAUGUUGUUUGUUUUUCUUCUUGCACUUUCCCCCUCUCUCCUCUAUCAUUUUGACAACUUUUUGGGAUUCAUCAAUUUUCUUGAAAAUUCACCAUCACCGCACUCACAUGUCCUUCUCCUUAAUGCACCCGCACCCGCACCGCACCAUUUUCAGAUUCCAAGUACUCGCCACGCUUCUUUUUCAAUGGUUCGUUGCAAUAAUCAUUCUGUCAUUCUGUUGUUUUCAGUUGUGUCCGUCCUGUGUCUGACUACUUUGCACUAACCUUUUCAUUGUUCAUUUCUGCAACGUUUUAAUUUCAGCCUCUGUCCCUCUUGCCUUCUGUCCAUCGAUCAGUGGAUGCCGUGCUUUGAUCAGAGAUAAGGAGAGACCGGAAGUUAUUCAAUUCUUCAUGGAUGACAAGUACACCGCCACUUUCUUCCACAACGCCACUCAGAAGGGACCGAUUUACAUUGACUCGAUCACUGCCGUUCCGUACAAUUCAUACAACAGCAAACUCAUGGAACCGCUAGCCCUUGAUCUUUCGAACGAAUUCUUAAAGGAGUGCUCGGAGGAGAACUUGAGAAACCAUCCGGAAACCGUCAGUGACUUCUGCAAACAGAAGAUCUUCUCGCUGACCACCGACUUCAAUGCUGCCGCUCUUUCCUGUGACUGCGUUGCUCAGGGUUCCGAAUCCUUCCAAUGCGAAGAGUACGGCGGACAGUGCAAAUGCAAACCGAAUGUGAUCGGAAGAAGAUGCGAAAGAUGCGCGCCUGGAUACUACAACUUCCCCGAGUGCAUUAGUAAAAAACAUUGCUCUGCUUUCUUCUCAAUCUUAAUUAUUUCCAGAAUGUCAAUGCAACAUGGGACAACAGUGCGAUGAGCGAACUGGCCAAUGCUUCUGUCCACCGCACGUUGAGGGACAGACUUGCGACAAGUGUGUCAGCAACGCAUUCGGAUACGAUCCACUGAUUGGAUGCCAGAAGUGUGGAUGCCACCCGCAAGGAUCAGAAGGAGGAAAUCUCCUCUGUGAUCCAGAGAGCGGACAAUGUCUGUGCAGAGAAUCGAUGGGUGGAAGACAGUGCGAUCGCUGUCUCGCUGGAUUCUAUGGAUUCCCUCACUGCUAUGGAUGCUCCUGCAACAGAGCUGGAACUACUGACGAGAUCUGCGACGCCACCAACGCGCAGUGCAAGUGCAAAGAGAACGUUUAUGGAACUCGUUGCGAAGCCUGCAAGGCUGGCACUUUCGAUCUUUCCGCCGAGAACCCGUUGGGUUGUGUGAACUGUUACUGCUUCGGAGUCACCGACAGCUGCAGAUCGAGCAUGUUCCCAGUCAAUACGGUAAGCGCAUGAAUUUCUUUUCACUCAUUCAUUUUCUUUUUACAGCUGUCUGUUGAUAUGUCGUCUUUCGCCACCACUGACGUCAAUGGAAAGGUCGAAAGCAAAGAUGACACUGUCGUCUACUCGUCCUCCGAAUCUUCACCAAACGCCGUUUACUUUGUUGUUCCGAUCACCCGCAACACUGAUUACACCACGAGCUACGGACUGAAACUCACUUUCAAGGUGUCCGUUGUGCCCCCGGAGAGUAGAAAGAUCAAUGCGGACGCCGAUGUCAGACUAAUCGGAGCCAACAUGACCAUCGAGUACUACGCCGAAGAGCAGCCGUCCAAUCCGGAGGAGCAGUUCACUGUCAGAUGCAAACUGGUCCCUGAGAACUUCUUGACUGUCGAAGGAAAGACGGUGACUAGAGAGGAGCUCAUGAAAGUGCUCCAUUCUCUGCAAAACAUCACCCUGAAGGCAUCCUACUUUGACAAGCCAACUACCAGCACUCUCCACGAAUUCGGAUUGGAAGUGUCUCAACCGAACGGACCUGAAUCUGUCAUCAAGGCUUCUUCCGUCGAGCAGUGUCAGUGCCCUGCUCCUUACACCGGACCUUCCUGCCAACUCUGUGCCUCUGGAUACCACCGUGUUCAGUCUGGAAGCUUCCUCGGAGCUUGCGUUCCGUGCGAGUGCAAUGGCCACUCUGCCACGUGCGAUCCGAACACUGGAAUCUGUACUGAUUGCGAGCACAACACGCACGGAGAGCACUGUGAAUUCUGCGAUGAAGGACACUAUGGAAAUGCCACCAACGGAUCUCCGUACGAUUGUAUGGCUUGUGCCUGUCCGUUCGCCCCGUCCAACAACUUUGCCAAGUCAUGCGAUGUUUCUGAGGAAGGUCAGCUUCUCCAGUGUAACUGCAAGCCAGGAUACACAGGAGACAGAUGCGAUCGCUGUGCUGCCGGAUACUUCGGACAGCCGCAACAGGUCGGAGGAUCCUGCGAGCCUUGCCAGUGCAACGGCAACAACAACCUCACGGACUCCCGUUCCUGCCAUCCAGUCAGCGGCGACUGCUACCUUUGCGAGCAGCACACGGACGGAAGACACUGUGAAUGGUGUGCUCAGUGGUUCUAUGGAGACGCUCUCACUGCCAAGAACUGUUCUUCUUGUGAAUGCAAUCAGUGUGGAUCUUCUUACUGCGACAACCGCAGCGGAGGAUGCGAGUGCAAGACGAAUGUGGAAGGAGACUCCUGCGACAGAUGCAAACCGGAUCACUGGGGAUUCUCGAAGUGCCAGGGAUGUCAAGCUUGCCACUGUGGAACAGCCGCAUUCAGCACUCAGUGUAAUGUGGAGAGCGGACAAUGUACAUGCAGACCAGGAGCCGUUGGAAUGCGUUGUGAGCACUGUGAGCACGGAUACUGGAACUACGGAGAGCACGGAUGCGACAAGUGCGACUGUGAAGCGGAUCUCUCGAUGGGAACUGUUUGCGAUGUGAGAACCGGACAGUGCCAUUGCCAGGAGGGAGCCACCGGAUCCAGAUGUGACCAGUGUCUGCCGUCGUACCUCAGAAUCCCAACGUAUGGAUGCAGAAGAUGCGAUGAAUGCGUUCAUCACCUGAUCGGAGACGUUGACAAGUUGGAAGUUGAGAUUGAUGUUCUCGGAACAGCCAUUACCAACAUCUCGUCGGCAACGAUCGUCGGAGCCAGACUCGCCAGAAACAAGAAGGAGUUCAACGACAUCAGCGAAAUCACAAAAAUGCUCAACGACGAGGAGAACUCGUUCGGAAACGUGUUCGGAGAUGCUUCUGACAUUCUCGUGAAUGCCACUCAGAUUUUCCAGAAACUCAACCGAACCAAGAACCACUCUCUAACAUCCGCCGGCAUUGCCAAGAACUUGACUGUCAACGGAACCGAAUUCAUGCUAGAAAUCAUGAAGAAGGCUCACAAAGCGAAAAUGAGCGUCCGGAAUCUGGCUGAGAUUGCACUUGCAAUCGGAUCUUCAUCGAAGGCCGUCAAUGUGGAUCCCAGACUUCUCAAGGAGGCCGAGGAAACUUUGAUGACUCUGGAAGCAACUUCUGCUGAUCCUUUCCCGGAGAAGGCAAAGUCCGUGCCUGCGAAGCUGAAGGAAAUCCAGCAGCAGAUCAAUGAUGAGAGCUCUAAACUGGAUGAGCAGACGAAGAAACUUGAAUCGGAGAAGAAGAAGGCCGAAGACAUGGCUACUUACCUGAACAGUGCCCAACAACUACUGAAGGAGUCCAAGUCCAAGUCGGACAAGGCGAACAAUGUGAGUUUGGGACGAGGGAUGUUCAUUAAACCAUUCGAGUUUUUUUUCAGUUGGCAAAGAUGCUCCAGCUCACCAAAGUCCAGAGUCUUGUCGCCGCCAUCAACGAUGAUUUGGAGCGCGCAAAUGCUGUGAAGGGAGAAUUCCAGAAGGUCAACGUCGCCAUCGGAAACAUCACCGAGAGUUUGAAGGAUACGAGAGAGGAUCUUUCUCACGCUCUUACCAGUCUGAAUGAGAGCAGAAAUGACGUGGCAGAAGCCGUGGAAGCAGCCAGAAAGAGAGUGAGAAGAGACGAAAAGCCGGUCAACCUGCAAGAGAUCAAUGAGAAGGCUCACAAGCUGCAUAUUCAAGCUACCACUCUCAGACAGAAGUUCGACAGUUCAAAAGACAAUUCCGAUCAGGCAGUGGAGGCGGCCAACGCGUACACUAACUUGACGGAAACGCUCAAGAGUGCGAAGGAUAAGAUCGAGAAAGCCUACGAAUUGGUUCAGGAAGAAGCAAAGUACGCGGAUGAGAUUCAAGCGGCGACUUCCAAACAAUUGGGAACUGAGUCCAAGCAGAAAAUUGCGGAGAUUGAGAAGAGUGUGACUAAUGACAUCAGAGAAGUGGAGAAGAUGAAGAGACAAUUGGAUCAACUGGCCGAGUUCGCUGACAAGCUGAGAAAGAGAAAAGACGUCUUCAAGGCUGGACUUCCACAAUAUAACAAGGAAACUCUGGACCAAGUGGACGAGAAGAUCAAGCAAGUCGAGAGUUUAAAGGCCGAAAUCGACGGAGUCGUCGAGGAAACGAGAUCGAAAAUUGCCGAGAUUGCCGGAAAGGCUGAAGAGAUCACCGAAAAGGCGAACAGUGCGAUGGAGGGAAUCCGAUUGGCCCGCAGGAACUCUGUGCAGCUGAAGCAGUUGGCUCCGGUUGUUGCCAGCAAAAUCGAAGAACUGAAGAAGUUGUCAGUCGCGAGAAGCGGAAAGGUCGACUCGAUCAGCGAAAGGGUCUCGCAAAUCAAGGAGAUGAUUGCUGUUGCUCGUGACGCCGCCAACAGAAUCAAACUGGGAGCCCACUUCGAAAGAGGAUCUUCUCUUGACCUCAACAUCCCGCAAAGAGUGUCUCGUUCUGCCGCCCACGCCGACAUUUCGUUCUACUUCCGCACCGAACAAGAGCACGGAAUCCCAUUGUUCUUCGGAAACGAAGAGACGGCAGUCGGUAGUCGUGCUGUGCCAACUGCCGAUUACGUGGCAGCUGAGAUCGAAUACGGUCGUCCGAAGGUGACUGUCAACCUCGGAGACGCUCCAGUUGUCGUCAAGUUGGAAACUCCAGUCAAUGACGGAUUGUGGAGAAGAUUUACCAUCGAGCGAAUCGGAAAGACCGUCAAUGUCACCCUUUCGAAGCCGAACAGCGUCGAGAGCGCCGAAACGAAGAGCUCGGUGGCCGGAGGAAACAAGAGCGUGCUCAACCUCAACCAGCAGAUUUCGAAACUCUUUGUCGGAGGAGUCCCAGCCACUGCUAGAGUGAGAUUAUUCCGAUGUCAUAAUUAUGUUAACCUUGUGCUUUUUUCCAGAUCACCAAGGAUCUUCACAACCGUGAAUUCGUUGGAGACAUCGAACAAUUGAAACUCCAUGGAGAGCCAAUCGGAUUGUGGAACGCCCGAGAAAAGGGUAAUGCGAAUGUGAACGGAGCACAGAAGAAACCGAAACUUACUGACAACGCGGAUGAACUCUGUGAGUUUCGAAUGUAAUUUAUGUUGUUUUACUGUUUGAUUUCAGCAAUUUCCCUCGACGGAGAAGGAUACACAUCCUACAAACCAAGUCACUGGAACCCACGAAAGGCCACGAAAAUCUCGCUCUCCUUCCUCACUUUUUCGCCUCAUGGACUUCUAUUCUUCGUUGGAAAAGACGUAGGAAUACAUUUGAAAUGCGCUGAAUACUCUCAAUUCUUUCAGCGUGACUUCAUGGCACUGGAAUUGUCCGAUGGAGGUGUCAAGUUGUCUGUCGAUCUGGGAUCGGGAGUCGGGCAAUGGACUACUGAAUCCUCCAAUUACAACGAUGGAAAAUGGCACACUGUCGCGAUCGUUCGCGAAGAGGUUUGUUUGUUUCAGCACUUUUAUGAUUUCAAGUUGAAAUUUUCAGAAGCACGUGAAGAUCAUAAUCGACGGAGAAUCAGAAGUUCUGGAAGGAGACGUCCCAGGAAAGGAUUCAGAAAUGUCCGUCACCGAAUUCCUGUACAUUGGAGGAACUCCGUCCGGACUGAGCGUCAGAACAACCAUCGUUCCUCUCCGCGGAUGCAUCAAAUCAGUGAAACUCGGAUCGGACGAAGUUGAUUUGGAAGGAAGCCACGCGUCGAAGGGCGUCAGAAGUGGCUGCCCGAUCAACACAGUUCGCACCGUCUCGUUCCUCUCCGACAGAACCACUGCCUCGUUUUACAACGUGACCAGUCUCUCCGGAGAUGUUUCGGUUACUUUCAAGUUCAAGACAAAGACAAUCCGUCAACCAUCCAGCCUUUUCACUGUCAAUGACGAUGAAGACUCGGUCCUCGGUGUGACAAUCAAUGAAGAAGGAAUUCUGACAGCUUCCAGCGGCGAGGACGCGGCCACUCUCGAGUUGGCUGCUUCUCCUGAUGAGAAAUGGCAUUACGUGUCCAUCCGGAAGACCAACCACGUCAUCCGAAUCGACGCUGACGACUCAUUCUCGAACGAAGUUGCCAGAAAGCACGCUGACGAUUCCAACCCAGACGCUAGUUUCCUUUCUGCUUUCUUCGGAAAGUCUGGGGAUAAGAACUCUUUCGUUGGAUGUAUUGGUGACGUCACUCUGAAUGGAAAGCUUCUCGACUUUGCCAAGGCUGAGAUCAAGGAAAUCGCCCUCAACGGAUGCUCAUUGAGCGACGACGAGAACGUGCAGACUACAACUGCAGCGCCGAAAACAACGCCCACGACUGUUGCUCCAGACGAUGAUACUGAUGUCGCCGUCUUACCAGUUGACGAUGAAGACGAGAAGACCACCACGACUACAGAAGAGCCGACGGAUGCGCCAGCAGAGGUAACCAACGUUCCACUUGAGACGGUUGUUGAAGGGGUAGAUGACGUCGAUAUGAUUGAAGUUAAUCAAAUGCCUUUCAAGAUGAAAGACUCGCCCAUUUAUGCUCCUACAACCAAAAGGGAGUCCCCGGAUCCAUCUGAAACCCCAGACCACUUUGAAUCGGUUUCAGUGGCUACAGUAAGACUUAAUGACUGAUCUCUGUCCUCAGUUUUCAUCUGUUUCGCCUUCUCUUUUCACCUUUUUCAGUUGCUUGUAAUCCCUACAAACUAAACCAACCUAUCCUUCCUCAGUUCUUUUCCACUAAUACUAUGUCUGUGAAUUCUAAAAUGUUAUUUUUCAGGUGAGGCCAGAUGGUCACUGUAUUCUCUCCGACGACCCACUCGUUCAAUUCGACGGAGCUGAAGGUUUCAACUUCGGAACGCAGCAGCACAGCAGAAUUGAGUACGAUGUCCUUCCUGAGGCUAUCGAUAAGAGGUAUGAUCAUUGUAUAAACCUUAAUCUAAAAAGUAUCUCUUUCAGUGGAGAGUUCACCUUCAAGAUCAGACCAACAGCUGCCUCUGGUAUCGUCUUCAUUGCCACCAACAAGCGGACGGAUCAUAUCGCGGUGAUGCUUGAGAACGGACGUGUUGUGUUCACUUAUGACACGGGAUCUGGACAAGUUAUCAUCAAGUCGGACAAGUCGAUCAUCGACGGACGUUGGCAUUCGAUCAAGGUUUCUCGUCGCGGAAAGUCUGCUCAUUUGAUUGUUGAUGACGAUUCAUACGAGUCGGAAGGAGCCGCCAAUCAAAACGAAGAUCUCAUCGAAACCCAACCGCCGUUCUUCGUCGGAGGAGUACCAUUCGAGUUGGCCGGAUUCACGAGAACACUUCUGCCAGGAGUUCGUUCUCAGUUCAGUGGAUGCAUCAAGGACUUCCGUUUGAACGGAAAGAGUCUGGACAACGGAAAAGAACACGGAACGGAACAAUGCUCUCAGUUCAGCGAAGAGGGAAUGUACUUUGGAAAGAACGGAGGAUACGCGAUCGUGCAGAAGGAAUACGAAGUCGGAGCAUCGUUCGGAGUGGAGCUCGAGAUCAGACCAAGAAUGAAGGACGGAGUCUUGUUCUCCGUCGGAGUCCUCGAGUACAUCACCGUGGAGUACGUGAACGGAUCUAUCAAAACGACAGUGGACAGCGGAAGCGGAGGAGAGAGUCUUUUCCAUCAUCCGGCCACUGAGAACGAGUUCUGUGAUGGACAAUGGCAGCAUAUCAAAGUCAGUUUGAGAAUAGAAAAGGACGUGUACUAAUCAUUGCCUGUUUCAGAUUUCCAAGAAGAAGAAGCUUCUGACGGUCACCGUUAACGGAAAGCCAAACAUCAAAAUUCUGAAGAAGGCCAGUUCGGACAUCGUGACGAAAGAUCCACUCUACUUUGGAGGAGUUCCAGAGGGAGUCACCAACAAGGGACUCACCACCCAGAAGCCGUUCAUUGGAUGCGUUCGCUUCCUCAGUUUCGGACUCAAGAAGGAUCGCAAGAUUCGUCGCAAGAAGCAAGUCGACAUGGAAAGAUUUGAUAUCUUCGGUGAUGUACAUCGCAACGGAUGCCCAGCUAUUUAA